AUGUUCUUCUUUGUCCCGGCCUUCACCAGCGACCAGACCGACGCCAUCCGGGGCCACGCGCAGGUCGCGGACGCCUAUAUCCCCAAGGGCCAACUGAUGGUCAGGUUUUGGGGCGUGGCCCGUAACCCGACCUCGGAAAGCGGACCACCUGCUGGGGACGAUGAUUGGUUUAUGGACACUUUGAACAGCACUGAAAGUGAAUUACAAGAGCGGUCCAUUCUUGCCAAGCGCAGCGAGAUUGUCGAGCGGAAUUCGCCUGACAACAUGGUCUCACUUUCCUGGCCUCCUGAUAUCGGUCCCGUCCCAGUCCAGGGAGAUUACAGGUUCGACUCGUCGGCGGGCGAGGGCACUUAUGUGUACCACGUCGACUUUGGCGCCCAGCCUUCGCACCCAGAAUUCAGCGACGUGUCGUUCCUCCACCCGUUGCUUCCGGGGCCGUACCCCGUGAGCGGCUGGAUGGAAAACGACCCCAAGCGGCACGGAAGCUUGUGUCUCUCCAAGGAGGUGGGGAAGACGGUUGGCAUCGCGCGCAAGGCGACCGUGGUGGCGACCGCGUGGGACUUUCAAAAGUCCAUUAACGAGCACUGGCUCGACGCGCUCGCCAAGGUGCACGCCGACAUAUCCACCGGGGCGAGGGGGGCCAAGAGCGUCGUCAACCUCUCCAUCUCGAUCCCCCAAGGCGAUUUGACGGCGGCAUUUCUGGAGAAGAUGGCCUUACUGAUUCGAGAGAUCAUCAAACUCGGCGCCGUGUUCGUCACGGGCUCCGGAAACUCCCCUGGCUCUCCCAACGGCUAUCCGGCGCUUUUCGGAGACCCCGCCAACCCCAACCAUAUCCCAGAGCUCAUCGUCGUCGGGUCGGUUCUCGGACAAGGCAUUUUGGGCCAGCACGCCAAUGCGGACUGGGUUACCUGCUACGCGCCUGGUUACGGUCUGCGGAUGGCCGACUCUGACCCCGAGUCCGCGACAGAGUACCGCACCACCCAGGGGACGUCUUUCGCCUCCGCAACGGUCGCCGGUCUGGCAGCAUAUUUCCGCGGCCUCGAUUCCACCUUGACCACCGCCGCCAGCGUGAAGGAGAGGAUUCUGCGCCUUGCAUACCGCCGGCAGCCGCAGCCCAACCACCCCGAAGGGCCCUACCAGAGGUAUAUCGACAAUGUGGUCUGGAACGGUCAGAAGUGGGGCCGAUCCAUUGUCCCCGAAUGCAGCGACUUCUCCAAAGCAAAACGGCAGAGCAGCGGCGGGUCCUGCCCCGUCGCGUUCCCGCCCCAGCCGUCGCCCCUGACCUUCCGCACCGGCCCGCCCCAGCCGACUUGCGCCGGCGCCGGCUGUGGCAGCAGCUGCGCGGGCUUCUUCUGCCCUGGCACCCCGCUCAAGCAGAACCCGGACUUCCUGGACCCGCGCAACCCGGACAGCGUGCAGAACCCGGACAGCCGCUACUACGAGGACUGGGACGGCACCAUCACUCGCACCACCACCACCCCUACCAAAACCAUCCCCACCACCACUCCAACGCCUCCCAAAAGCUCGAGCGUCCCAAUCGGAGGCCCCUGCCGUCUUACUGACGAAUGCGAGGAUAACUGCCCCAAGCCCGGGGCCGUUCAAUGCGAAUCCGGAGCGUGCACCUGCUUGACCCCUCCUCCCAAAACUACCCCGCCUCAUGCGGCGAUGUGCUAUGACGUCCAGCAGUGCUUGAAUGUUUAUACCUGUGCGUCUGGGGACACGAUGGUGUGUGAGCCAACGGACUAUUCCAAUGGGAAUGGGCUCUGCCAAUGUAUAAAAGGGAAUCCCAGUUGA